AUGCAGCUCACAUCGGCUUUACUGAUAUUUGUAUCUGUCCUGUGGAUAAAUGGACCAACAGCAAAUAAAACUGAUCUGGUCAGCUGCAGGCUGUGGUCCGAGCCUCAGAUGCUUGGUCUUUAUAUGAAUGGAGACUUUGUAAUUGGGGGGCUUUUCUCCAUUCAUUACAUCCUGAGAUCAGAGCAGAACACCUACACUAGACCGCCACUACAGCCACAGUGCUCUGGGAGCAUGGAUUUCAGGCAACUGCGCUUCGCUCGCGCCAUGGAGUUCACCAUCCACGAAAUCAACAACAGGACCGAUCUCCUGCCGGGAAUCACGUUAGGAUACCAGAUCCACGACUCGUGCGCUGCAGUGCCGAUGUCUGUUAAAGUUGCUUUUCAGUUUGCAAACGGCAUAGAACCAUUUUACAAUGAUACUGAUUCCUGUUCAAAAUCAGCAGCUGCCGCUGUUCCUGCUGUGGUUGGAGAGUCUAAUUCCUCCCCCUCCAUAAGCAUGACCGGAAUGCUGGGUCUUUUUGGAAUUCCACAGGUGAGUUACUACGCAACCUGCGCAUGUCUGAGCGACAAGCGUCAGUAUCCUGCUUUUCUCAGGACUGUUCCUAGUGACCACUACCAAGCAGCCGCGCUGGCAAAAAUGGUCAAGCAUUUUGGCUGGACAUGGAUUGGGGCAGUGCGCAGCGACACAGACUAUGGAAAUUAUGGAAUGGCGUCGUUUCUAAAGGCUGCGCAGGAGGAGGGAAUCUGUGUGGAGUACUCCGAGUCCUACUACAGAACACAACCGCGCAGUAAACUGGAGAGAGUGGCGAACGUCAUCCGGAGAUCAACAGCGCGGGUAAUAGUAGCGUUUGUGCACACAGGCGACAUGAAAUUUCUAUUGGAGGAACUGGCUAAGCAGCCGCCGCCUCCCCUUCAGUGGAUCGGUUCAUUCUGGAUUAUAGAUCCAGAACUUCUGCGCUUUAACAUGUGCGCUGGGGCGAUAGGAUUUGGGAUCCCCCGAUCGGUGAUUCCAGGUCUUCGUGAGUUUCUUCUGGAUCUCUCUCCAGCACAAGCACUGAAAUCUCCUCUGCUAACGGAGUUUUGGGAGAGCUCGUUCAGCUGUAGCCUAAAAGGCUCCUCAGAGGGCGCGCGGAAAUGUAACGGCAGCGAGGAUAUCCGCGCGCUGCAGAACCCGUAUACAGACACGUCGCAGCUGCGCAUCACUAACCUGGUGUAUAAAGCUACGUAUGCCAUAGCGCAUGCCAUCCACGGUGUUAUCUGUAAUGACACGCAGUGCGACAAGAGCGCUAAAUUCACACCAUGGCAGAUACUAAAUCAACUCAAAAGAGUAAACUUCACUACAAAGAAUGGUUAUCAGGUCACGUUUGACUCCAACGGUGAUCCUAUAGCCGUCUACGAGCUCAUAAACUGGCAGUUUGAGAAAGAUGGCUCAAUAGAUUUUGUCACAGUUGGCCGUUAUGACUCAUCCAAACCAAGAGGUCAAGAAUUCAGUAUGAACAGAGCUAUCAGCUGGCUGGGGGGACAGACCGAGGCACCAAGAUCUGUGUGUAGUGAGAGCUGUCCUCCAGGAACCAGGAAGGCUGUGCAGAAAGGAAAGCCAGUCUGCUGCUAUGACUGUAUACCAUGCGCAGAAGGAGAGAUCAGCAACAAGACAGACUCUUUGAACUGUGCACAAUGUCCUCCUGAAUUCUGGCCCAAUGCCCAGCGACACAGCUGCCUUCCCAAGCCUGUGGAGUUCCUGUCCUGGGACGACACUCUGAGCAUCAUCCUGACAGUGUUCUCUAUCACUGGGGCCUUCAUAGCUGUAUGUGUGGCUGCUGUUUUCUACAAACACAGAACUUCUCCGAUCGUCCGAGCAAACAACUCAGAGCUGAGCUUCCUGCUGCUCUUCUCACUGACUCUGUGUUUUCUCUGUUCGCUUACUUUCAUUGGUCGGCCCUCCAAGUGGUCCUGUAUGCUGCGUCACACAGCGUUUGGGAUCACCUUUGUCCUCUGCAUCUCCUGUGUUCUGGGGAAAACAAUAGUGGUGUUAAUGGCCUUCAGAGCUACACUUCCAGGCAGUAAUGCCAUGAAAUGGUUUGGGCCUUCACAGCAGAGACUCAGUGUUCUUGCUUUCACCCUCAUACAGGUCCUAAUUUGUGUGCUUUGGUUAACAAUAUCUCCUCCUCUCCCCUUCAAAAAUCCAAAACACUACAAGGAAAAGAUCAUUCUUGAAUGUGGAUUAGGUUCACCUGUAGGUUUCUGGGCUGUUCUAGGUUAUAUAGGGUUUCUGGCUCUUUUGUGUUUUGUUUUAGCUUUUCUAGCACGGAAGCUGCCUGAUAACUUUAAUGAAGCCAGGUUCAUCACAUUCAGCAUGCUCAUAUUCUGUGCAGUGUGGGUUUCCUUUAUCCCAGCUUAUGUCAGCUCUCCUGGAAAGUUCACUGUAGCUGUAGAGAUAUUUGCCAUUCUGGCCUCAAGCUUUGGAUUGAUUAUUUGUAUUUUUGCUCCCAAAUGUUUCAUAAUCGUGUUUAGGCCAGAGCAGAAUACCAAGAAACACAUAAUGGGUAAAGCACCCUCCAAGUCUCUUUGAGACUCUAUGGUAAUUGUAUUAUAUCGUAAAGCACUUUAUUUAAAAGGUCCUAAUUUAUGAUUAUGUUUAUAUCUAUAGAGCUGCUGUCUUUUUAAUUAAACUGUAUUUUAUGUAGUGAUGUGUAAAUAUUUUUAAGUAAGCUUUUCACAGUUACCACUUCAUUGCUAAUAAAUAAUAAUGCAUAGAAUUUUCUAUAAAAUGGUCUUUCAGCACUUCAAGAUAAGUGGAAAUGUGAUGAUAAUUUUAGAAUAUAUUGCUUAUUGCAUUCCACAUUAAACAAGUAAUAAGUGGCUUGUAUGUAGUUCAGACUUGGGGAGUAGGAUGGACCUGUCCUAUGUAGCAUCUCUUAACUGACGUAACAAAAUCGGAAGUUUGCAUUCUACUUGGCUGUGGUGUCAGUUAGUAUAGAUGGAUGCAUCUUUCACAAGGGAAGAAAAACUUGAUACACCUGAACAUCACAUUUACCUGUGAAUUUUGAAUUUUUUAUUGUAAAUUCUUGGGCAACAUUAUAAAACUGACCAUCUUCUUUCUGCUUAAAUAGUCAUUUACACUUCUUUGAAGGCAAUUUGCAGUUGGUAAUAUUGCAGGUUUUUUGCAUUUGUUUAGUCACAAGGGUAUUUGUGUGGCACAUUCUAGGUGUGUAUGGCUUAGUGUUCCAGUUUAUUCUUAAUUUGUUUGCUGGGGUUG